AUGGCCGCAACGAUCUUAUUAGUAAAAGCAUUAUAUGAUUUCAAUUCGGCGGAUAGUUCAAGUCUUUCUUUUAAAAGGAAUGAUAUAAUACAAGUAAUAACGCAAUUAGAAUCAGGUUGGUGGGAUGGAUUUUGUAAUGGACAACGUGGUUGGUUUCCAAGUAAUUAUGUUACUACAAUAGAAGAGGAUGAAGAAAUCGAAGAUCAGUUUACCGAUUGGAUUCCCCAACAAACUCCUGACGGUAAAAUCUUUUAUUUCAAUCAACGAACUUUUGAAUCCUCUUGGGAACUUCCUUCACUAAUAGAAGAUGAUUCCACCACUACUACUACUAUCGAUUCUAAUAAACAAAAUUGGAUACAAAAACCGACGGAAGAUGGUAAUACUUAUUAUUAUUUUAAUACAGUAACGGAAGAAAUCCGGUGGACAUAUCCAGGUGGUAGCAGUAAUAAUAGCAUAGAUAUUAGUGGCGUCGUCUUAGAUGUUGGUGGAGACAAUAUUCAACAACUUCCUCCUAAUUGGGGUAAAAAGGCAACUCCUCAGGGUAAAGUUUAUUAUUUUAAUAAAAUAACUGAUGAAACUACUUGGAGUCUUGAUAAUGUAAAUAGUGAUGGUCAAUUGAUGAAAUCAGAGGAUAUUUUAACAUGGGAAUCAUUAUAUACUACAAUUAUUACAGCAAUUAAUGGUUUAAAUGUUGCAGCCAAAGAUAAUUCCAAACAAAAUUAUCAACUUUGUACAAAUACUAUUGUUGAAAGUAUUCGUAUUAUGCUUUAUGCAUCAGGUACAGUAGAAAAGGAAUCACCAGCAAUUCGACAAAAUCGGACACUUAAAAUUUAUCAUAGACACAUUAUGGCAUCAUUAUCAAAAUUGGUACUUUCUACUGAAGUUGCAUCAGGUGUUUGGCCUCCUCCUGAUUCAGCUCAAAAAAUGAUGAGUGACGCAGAGGAAGUUUCAGCAGCUGUUGGUCAAUUUGUUCAAGCUGCUGAAAAUGUUGUUGAUAUUAGAAGAGUUGAUCCUAAAAUUUUAGAAUCGGUAAAUGGUGGUGCUUGGAAGGCUUCUUUAGAUCAUAUUUCUCGUAAUGUUAAUAAGGCAAUCUCUUUAUUACUUAAUCAUGUCAAAAAAUAUUUAGAAAUUUCGAAUUUCGCACCUCAAUUGAUUUUACAAACUCGUCAAGUCGUUACACAAGUAGGACAAUUCUUAGCAUUUAUUGAAGAUAUUAAUUUAGAAGAUUUAGAUGAAACAAGUCAAGGUACCAUUAAUGAAUUUAAGGUUGCGAAACAAACCUUAUAUAAUAAUAUCGCGGGAUUAGUUAUUUCCACUCAAUCCGCUACUACACCACCUGAUGGUAUCGAUCAAGUUCAACAAUCAACCAAUAUUGUUGAAAAAUCUGUAACUGAUGUAAUUGUUGCAACUAAAUUCUUGGUAGAAGAAAAAGAUACUCAAGAUCAAUUACGAAUUAAUAUGCGUAUUUCUAGGCGUCCAAUUCCUGAAAAUGAUGUCAUGAAAACAGCAACAUCAUCAUCUGAUCAAAAUUUUAUGAUGGAUGAUACUCCAAUUUCUCCUAUUUCCGAAAAUUCAUCAAUUGGUGGUCGAUCAAAAGCAAGUUCAACAAAUAAUCGUCAUCGUUCCGGAACAGCAUCGAAAUCUGUAAAACCUAGUCGUUUCUUUGGUGAAGAUCCUCCUCGUAAAGAAGACAAAUCCGAUAAACCUUGGUUUCUUAAUUAUGAUUAUGAAAGUUCCGAAAUCGUUUUUAAUAUGGAAAAUCACGUUAAGGGUGGUACAUUAAAAGCUUUGGUUGAAAGAUUAACCAUGCAUGAUGUUCUCGAUUCCAAUUUCAUCGCCACUUUCUUAUUAACCUAUCGUUCGUUUUGUACCACCGACGAAUUCUUUGAUAUGUUGGUAAAAAGAUUUUUGAUUACACCUCCUGAAAAUUUAACCAAAGAAGAAAAUGAAACUUGGAUUGAAAAGAAACAAACUCCCAUUAGAUUAAGAGUAUUUAAUAUUAUGAAAGGAUGGUUAGAAAAUUAUUAUAUUGAUGGUGACGAUUCUCAUUGUUUAGAACGAAUAAGAGAAUUUGUUAGUACUGUUAUGCAUGAAAAUAUGGCAUUUGCUUCUGCGAGUUUAAUUAAAGUUAUUGAGACAAGACAACAACAAAAGAAUUCCGAUACUAUAUUUAAAAAAUUAGUUCCCAAUGCACAAUCACCGCCACCUUCAAUAUUACCAAAAAGUAUGAGGAAAUUAAAAUUUUUGGAUUUAGAUCCAUUAGAAAUUGCUCGACAAUUAACCAUAAUAGAGAGUCGAUUAUAUAAUAAAAUUAAACCUGUAGAAUGUUUAAAUAAAGCUUGGAGUAAAAGUGAAGAUGAAAAAAAUGAUGAUGAAGAACCUGCUCAGAAUAUUAAAGCUAUGAUUGUUAAUAGAUGGGUAGCGGAAUCUAUACUAAAUCAACCCGAAGUUAAAAAACGUUGUGCAUUAAUAAAACAUUUUGUUGCGGUAGCUGAUAAAUGUAGAUCCUUAAACAAUUUCAAUUCAUUAACGGCUAUAAUUUCGGGAUUAAAUUCGGCUCCAAUUCAUAGAUUAAAGAGAACUUGGGAGAUGGUUAAUGCUAAACCCAUACAGACAUUAGAAAAUUUAAAUAGAAUUAUGAAUUCGACUAAAAAUUUUUGCGAUUAUAGAGAAAUGUUACAUAGUGUUAAUCCUCCUUGUGUCUACUUGACUGAUUUAACAUUUAUUGAAGAUGGUAAUCCCAAUACUAUUAAAAAAACACGACCACUUAUUAAUUUUUCCAAACGAAUGAAAACUGCUGAAGUAAUUCGAGAAAUACAACAAUAUCAAUCAGUUCCAUAUAAUUUAAAUGCUGUACAAGAAAUUCAGAUAUUUAUUCAAUCACAUUUACAAGAAAGUAAAGAUGUUGGAGAUUUAUAUGAUCAAAGUUUAAAUAUGGAGCCGAGGGAACGGGAGGAUGAGAAAAUUGCUAGAUUAUUACAAGAAAGAUUAGCUUAUAAUGGCAUUAGUAAAAAAUCAUUAUCAAUUUCUGGGGCAAUUUCAGCAUUUUUAUUGGGAUUUGGCACUUUAAUUAAUGAAUGGUCGGUAUUUCCUGUGAUAAUGUUGGUAUUUUAUUUUACUAGUUCAAAAUUAACAAAGUACAAAGCAGAAAGGAAGAAACAACUUGAAGAAGAUCAUCUAGAAGGUGGACAAAGAACAGCGACACAAGUUAUAUGUAACGCUUUAACUGGAACUGUUAUUGCUUUAAUCCAUCAAUAUCAUUAUGGUGGUAACUUAAGAUGUUUGAUUGAUGAUCGUGGAUCACGAAUGUUAUUAUACAUGUGUUUAGGGCAUUAUUCUACUUGUAAUGGAGACACGUGGGCAAGUGAACUUGGUAUUCUUAACACUAGUUGGCCUAUAUUAAUAACUUCAUUUAAAAAGGUUCCACCUGGAACCAAUGGUGGAAUAUCAGAAUUAGGUUUAUUUGCUUCAAUAAUGGGUGGAUUCAUUAUUGGAAUUUCUGCAGUUAUCUCCAUAUUUUUGUCAUGUGGAUCGUGUAAUUUUUGGUUGGAAAUAAUUUCGAUAUCUUCUUUAGCUGGAUUAUUGGGUUCCUUAAUAGAUUCUUUUUUAGGUGCCACCAUACAAAUUUCUGUUUUUUCCGAAAAAUCAAAAAAAAUUACUUAUAAAGAGAGCAAAAGUAGUGAUACUCGAGUUAUAAGUGGAAUUGAUAUAUUGGAUAAUAAUCAGAUAAAUUUUGUAUCUUCCUUAUUAACAGCUUUAUUGACUGGAUACAUGGCUGACCAUUACGAAAAACAAAAUACUCAGUCAGCGUUAACAACUGGUUUAGAUGAUCCAGAUUCGAGAUAUAGGAAGAAACAAGCAAUGUCCAAACCCGGAAGUCAUAUAAUGCCAAAUCCUGUAAUGUCUAAGCCAUCGCACCUUGAUGAUGAUUCCAGAUAUAGAAGUAAAUUGAUACCAAUGAUUACCGAAGAAGAUAUGGCCAGAUAUAGAGCAAAAAAAGCGAUUGAAGAACAAGCCAGAAAACAAAUGCAAGAUGAUGAUUCCAGAUAUAGAAGUAAAUUGAUACCAAUGAUUACUGAAGAAGAUAUGGCCAGAUAUAGAGCAAAACAAGCUGCACAAAAUCAAUCAUCAACUUCUAAACACUCUGAAGUUGAAGAUGAAUCAAAAUACAGAAGUAAAUUGAUACCACAUAUUACGGAAGAAGAUAUCGCCAGACAUAAUGCAAAAAAAGCAGCAGAAGAAAAAGCAAAAAAGCAAAUGCAAGAUGAUGAUCCCAGAUAUAGAAGUCAAUUGAUACCAAUGAUAACUGAAGAAGAUAUAGAAAGACAUAGAGCAAAAAAAGCUGCAGAAGAACAAACAAGAAAACAAAUGCAAGAUGAUGACAGGUAUAGAAGUAGAACGAUACCAAUGAUUACUGAAGAAGAUAUGGCUAGACAUAGAGCAAAAAAAGCAGCUGAAGAACAAACAAGAAAACAAAUGCAAGAUGAUGACAGGUAUAGAAGUAGAAUGAUACCAAUGAUUACUGAAGAAGAUAUGGCUAGACAUAGAGCAAAAAAAGCAGCUGAAGAACAAACAAGAAAACAAAUGCAAGAUG